AUGUAAAUUGGAAAAUUUAAAUUAGAUCAUUUGGUUGAAAAAAAUAAUGAAUGCAUAAUUUAUAGGGGCAGUAAUUAAGAAGACAAAUUCAUCAUAAUAUAAUUGAAUCGUGUAAUUAGUCAAAUAAUAUUUUAGUAACCAUUAUUGAAGGUUGAAUUGUUUAACAAACAUUUCCAAGAAGAACUUAAAAUGUUAUUUAAAUACUCAUAGAAGCCAACAAUAAUUCCUAAAGAUUUUCCAUUUGAAAUACCUGAAUCUGAAACUCUAGAUUCUGAGUUAAUUGAAUUUCCAUAAAUUAUUGAAAUACAUUAAACAGAGACUCAUUAUUAUUUCAUCUUAACUAAUUGUUUAUAGGGUUAAAUAUUAACUUAGGAAGUUGAUCAUCCAAAGUAUAACAAUACUGAUAUUAUUUUAUAGAACAUUUUUGCAGAUCUACACACUUUAUGAUUAUUACUAUUUAGAAUACUAAGAAGGAAGAAUAAAAGAUCGAGAUUUUGCAUUAAUGAGAAUAUUUAGAAGCCAAGAUAAAUUAACAUUGAUAGAUUUUGGUUUUGCAUGUUUGUAAAAAUAAUUAGCAAAAAAGCCUUGGUAAGUAAAAUUAGGAGAACUAUUUAACAGUUUGACAUAAUAUAAAGCAAAAUUAAAAGGAAAAAAUGUAAUAAAUACUUUGUUGGCAGGAAAGAUUAAAUGGGAAGAGAUUAGAGAUUUUAUUAGCAUAUCAUUUGGUUUGAAUGAUAUAGAUUAAUCUUUAUAAGAAAAUUAUAGUGAUAGAAACAGUAAAAUAACUAGAUAAAAUUCAAUUCAUACAAAAUAAUAAACGUAAACUAUGAGUAUGUUCCCAUAAGAAAUUAUUACUUUAAAUUAAAAUUCAUCUAGAAAAGCCUCUCCAUAUAACCAUAGUCAAAAAUAAUAAUCAAGAAAUUCAACAAUGAUGUAAACUAGAAUUAUUUCUUAUGGCAAUUAAUAAAAAGAACAUUUUUAAAAAAUAAGAUAAUCAUUAAGUCCUGGAUUUAGUACAACAAAUAGAUAUCCUUGUAGAUUAUUUUAAAUUGAACAAAUUACAUAAUAAUCUAGUCCAUAAGCAAGAUCAGUUUCAAGAAAAGCAUAACAUUUAAGUAAUUAUCAAAAACAACCUAUUACUAAACCAUUAGAAAAUUAAUUUGAAUAUAGAAAUAGAUCUACUCCUAGAGAAGAAAUUCAAUAUGAAUAAAAUUAAAUAUAAUAAUUAAUGGGAGAUUAAUAUUUACCAAUACAAGAAUAAUAAAAAUAAAUUUAAAGAAAAUUAAUAUCAAUUACAACAAAUUAAUCAUAAUACGAAGCAUCUUCAAAUGCACCAACUUUGAUUUAAAGAGGAUUAUCUUUAAAUGAAAAAUAAGAUGGUUAAUUCUAAUAAAAUAAUCAUGAAUUAAGACCAAAAUCAAGUAGAAAUCAAGAUUAAAAAUAAGAACUCAAAACACUUCUUCGAACUUCUACUAGAGAACUUUAACAACCUGGUUAAAUACAUAAGAAAUCUACAUAAGAAUAUCCAGCAAAUCGAACCAUAAAUUAUUCUGACACAUAAUCAUUAUUUGAUAACUUAGAGAUUAAAUAAGUCAGAAAACCAUAAUCAAGAAGAAAUUCUAUAAGAAAAAGUAGCACUAAUAGUAUAGAAAAUAUCGAAUUAUCAAAUAGUAAUACAGCAAAUCAAUAGAGAUUAAUAAUUAAUAAUAAUUUAUAGAAUAAUCGAUAGAUGUUUAAGACACCAAGAGAUUAAAGAUAAAUGUAAUAUUCUUUUUAAAAUUCUCCUAUUGAAAAUCCAUAUACUAAGAAAUAAAAUCCAAUAAUUGCAUAAUAAUAUUAAGAUGAAGUUUAGAAUUGUAAAUAAUAAUCUAAAAAGAAUAGUACAGAUGAAGAUAAUUCUGAAAUUUGUAGUUAUCAGCCUUCUUUUUAAUAACGUUAAAAUUAAUCAAGAAAUUAAGAAAAUGUAGUAUUGAUCAAGAACAAUAAAUAAAAUGAAUUUGAAAUUGAAAAAUAUAUUGAUAAUGUUGAACAAAUUUAGUAAAAUAAACAAUAUCAAUUUCAAAUGACAGAAAAAAAUGAGAUUCCUUCAUUUUGUUAAGAAAAAUAAUCAAUAAAUAAUUAAGCAAUUAUCUCUCAAUAGUAAUAAUAAUAAUAAUAAUAAUAAUAAUAAUAAUAAUAAUAAUAAUAAUAAUAAUAAUAAUAAUAAUAAUAAUAAUAAUAAUAAUAAUAAUAAUAAUAAUAAUAAUAAUAAUAAUAAUAAUAAUAAUAAUAAUAAUAAUAAUAAUAAUAAUAAUAAUAAUAAUAAUAAUAAUAAUAAUAAUAAUAAUAAUAAUAAUAAUAAUAAUAAUAAUAAUAAUAAUAAUAAUAAUAAUAAUAAUAAUAAUAAUAAUAAUAAUAAUAAUAAUAAUAAUAAUAAUAAUAAUAAUAAUAAUAAUAAUAAUAAUAAUAAUAAUAAUAAUAAUAAUAAUAAUAAUAAUAAUAAUAAUAAUAAUAAUAAUAAUAAUAAUAAUAAUAAUAAUAAUAAUAAUAAUAAUAAUAAUAAUAAUAAUAAUAAUAAUAAUAAUAAUAAUAAUAAUAAUAAUAAUAAUAAUAAUAAUAAUAAUAAUAAUAAUAAUAAUAAUAAUAAUAAUAAUAAUAAUAAUAAUAAUAAUAAUAAUAAUAAUAAUAAUAAUAAUAAUAAUAAUAAUAAUAAUAAUAAUAAUAAUAAUAAUAAUAAUAAUAAUAAUAAUAAUAAUAAUAAUAAUAAUAAUAAUAAUAAUAAUAAUAAUAAUAAUAAUAAUAAUAAUAAUAAUAAUAAUAAUAAUAAUAAUAAUAAUAAUAAUAAUAAUAGUAAUAAUAAUAGAGAAUAUAAAAUGAAGAUUAAAUCAUUAAAUCUCCAAACUAAGAUUAACGUAUUGUAGUUGAAUCUGUUGAUGAAUAUUAUAAAUAACCUAAAAUAAAGAAAUAAAACUCAUUUAAAUUACCUCCAACUCCUAAAACUGAUAAUACAACAAAGGAGUAAUUUAAAAUAGAAUUAUAAUAAAAUAAUUACUUAUAAGAUAAUAAAUAAUAAAAAGAAAAAAGUAUAUAGUAAAAUGAAAAUUUAUAAAAAUUAUAAAAAAUUGAAGAUACUCCAAAAUCAAAUAAAAGAAUAAAUUUAAAUGAUAUAUAAGUAGUUCAAUAGAACAUUUAAGAAAUUAAGGUAAAAUUAGAUGAAAAUGAAGCCAAAAGAAUAAGUUAAAUAUAUGAAAAUUAAUUAAAGUAAUAAUAUUAAUAUAAAUAAGAAAGUAUGAUAUAAUAGGUAAAAUGGUUGGAGGGAAUGUAAAAUAUUUUUAAGCAUUAAAAAAUUUUUGGAUAGUUCCUUUAUUUCUUUGUUUUAAAAGAAUGGUGAGUUUUAGGAAAUUGUAUGAAGAAGGAUUAAAAGAUAAAGUCAAUUUUUUUGAUUUAGAUAUGGAUAAAGUAAAUUAAGUAGAUAAAAUAAGAAAUCUAGAAACAAAGUUAACAAAUGAUAAUAAAAUAGUUGUAUAAGAAUUAGAAUCUUUAUACACAUAAUGUUAAAAAACAGCUUAAAAAUUUGAUCCAAAAGUAAAUUAUAGAUUUAAAUUUAUUAUAGGAAUUAGCAAAAAUAUAAAAAUUUUUAAAUAUGGACUUAUAAUAAGAUAUAAAAGAUAUUUAUUUUGUUUAUUUGUAUACUUAGAUAUUUAGAACUUUAUAAAAUUUAAGAAUUAAAUGUGAAUCAGAUAAAUAAAAAACAAAAGAAAAUUUAAUAUUGUAAGCCAGUUGUUUAGCUUCACUUAUAAUAAGUGAAAUGCCUUUCAGUAGUGAUAAAAAGUUCUUUGAUUUAGAAGAAUUUGAAAAAGUUACUGAGAAUUCUUAAUAUAAUUAAUAAUUGUUAGAACAAUAUAUUUAAACAAAGGAUGAAGUAAUUGGACAUCUUAAAAAAAGACUGAUAACCAAAGGAAUUAAGAUUUGA